AUGGAUUCUGAACCGUUUGAAAACGCAGGCACCUCGUUUGAGCGCCGACGGAUGCCAUACGCGUCCUCGCAGCCGUCCGAACGAACCGAGACGUUCGGACGAUCAGGGCCUCGGCUAGCAGGCGAGAGCACUGCCGCAAAGGAAGAAGCUCCAAACCCCCAAGCGAAACCAAAAGGCCGUCGCUAUGGCCCACGGACCUGUCGAAUUUGUCUAGACACCGAGCAUCCCAAAUUCCCUACGGAUAUUCCAAGGACAUUUGGCGUGUCGACAAGGUCGUCACGGCCCGUGUAUGAAUCAGACGACCCUGAACUUGGCCGGCUCUUGUCGCCUUGCAAGUGUAAGGGCUCGUCGAAAUAUGUCCACGAAGGAUGUCUCGAUGCAUGGCGGUUGACGAACCCCACUGCCACGAGAAAUUUCUGGCAAUGCCCGACAUGCAAGUUCACCUAUCGACUGGCUCGGCUGCACUGGGCCUCGAGGCUCAGCAGCAAAUGGGCACAGGUUUUUUUGACAAUAGUGGUCCUUAUUGUCAGCCUCUUUGUCCUUGGCUUUAUUGCAGAUCCCAUCAUGGACUUGUGGUUUGAUCCUGUGGGGUCUAUUGCAGACACGGUAUCGAGUGUCGUAUCAGAUUUGGAUGCUGUGCGGCCGCCGGUGUACGAGGAGCCCAGCACAUGGGCCGAGCAUUUUACCAAGGGCUUCUUCUCCCUAGGGCUGAUUGGUGCCAUCAAGUCCUUUGUUGCAAUGGGUCCGUGGCACUGGAUCAACUUCCGUGCUGGAGGGCUCUUUGGCUCCGGCAGACGCGGCGGCACGGGCAGGAGCAGGAUGGACAACUUCAACCUGCUUUUUGUCAUCAUUGGAGCAUUUACGUUUAUGAUGGCCGUGUGGAGGUUUGUCAAGGCAAUGAGUGCACGAAUUCUGACCAAUGUCAGCAAUAAAGUCAUGGAUGUCGGCGACGAAGAUGACGAAUAUGAAGAAGCGAUUCCGGACGGCGGUGCUGCUGGUCCAAGCUAA